AUGCGAAGACUGUGUGAAGACGGGGGCGAAGACAGGGAGGAGGACAAGAGCGUGGACGAGCGGAGGGCGGGACGGGGGCAGAGGCGGGACGGGGGGGACUGGAUGGUCACCGGGACUUGGGCGGGACGUGGACAGCUUCAGGACAGAGGCGGUAGAGACGAUGGGGACAAGACCAGCGGGUUUGGCUGGGGCUGUGGUGGCGGCAGCUGCCGGCAGAUCCCGGCAGCGGCGGCGGAGGCUGGUUGUUGGAAACAAAAAUGUAAAGGAUUGUCGCGUGUAGGCGGCGGCGGCGGAGGCGGCGGGUACGGCGGCUUCUCGGGCUUCGGCGGGUUCGGCGAGGAGAAGCCCGUGCACCACCACCACCACCACGACCACCACGUGGACCACCACGUGAAGCACAGCGGCGGCAAGGCGCUGGCGCUGAAGGGGCUGCUGGUGCCGCUGGCCGGCGUGGCGCUGCUGGGCGCCGCCGCCGCGCUCGUCUCCAACCCGGUGCUGCUGCAGCUGGGCGUCAUCUCGGGGCGGCGCCGGCGCCGUCGCGCGCUGCGGGCAGGCGCUGAGGAAGACUCGGAGCGCGCCCUGCGCCAGCGCCUCGCCGACAUCGCGCUGCUCGAGAAGUUCAUGGCCGGGCAGCUCCUGGCCAACUUCCUGUCGUGCUCGGGGCUGGCUGGCGCGGGGGGCGCGGGGGCCGCCGCCUCCGGGGCACGGGGCACCCCGGUCCCCUCCGCCCGCUGCCUGGAAAGAGUCACGUGCGAGCUGCAUCACCCGGCUGCGGAGGUCACCCAGCUGGAGAAGCACGUCAUGCAGAUAGUCACAUCCGAGAUCCUUGAAAAUGAAUACAUCCCUGACGAAGUAAAGAGACGGGUGAAGACAGCUGCAAAAAUUGGACUGGAAUCCGAAUCUUGUGAAGAAUUCCAUUGUACAGACCUUGAACGUUAAACAAUUUUGGUCGAAUGAUCAAAAUCCUCCAUUAAAUCAAAUCAGAGCUGUACGUGACUAUGAUCUGAUCACGUACUGUAAAACCAGUAGUUAAAAUCUUAUGGAGAGUUUCAAUGUUCGAUGCCUGAUAUUCACAGUGUUCGAAUAUUUUCAUAAUUCUAUUUUCAAAUUUGAAUUUUCACAUCAUCAUUUACAAGACAUUUGAAUUUUGUUUUCUUUCUGAACCCUAGUGUCCUUAGUAAUCUUACUUUUGUCGCCAUUAAUUACUUCAAAAAUCAUACUACAUCAGAAAAGGAUCCAGAGUGAUUGCAGCUUAAGUCGAUAUUUUGCAAAUAAAUG